GCCCCGAGAGGAGGGGAGACAUCGGAGACCGCGGGACCCAAGGAACGCUGGACCUGAGCCCACUCCGAGGCUGAGCCCAUUGUUUUUAAUACUAAUCGCGAGGAAUUGUGAUGAUGCAGUUUAUGUUACUUUUUAGUCGUCAGGGAAAGCUUCGACUGCAGAAAUGGUAUGUCCCACUGUCAGACAAAGAGAAGAAAAAAAUCACAAGAGAACUUGUUCAAACCGUUUUAGCACGGAAACCUAAAAUGUGCAGCUUCCUUGAGUGGCGAGAUCUGAAGAUUGUUUACAAAAGAUACGCUAGUCUGUAUUUUUGCUGUGCAAUUGAGGAUCAGGACAAUGAACUAAUUACCCUGGAAAUAAUUCAUCGUUAUGUGGAAUUACUUGACAAAUACUUUGGCAGUGUGUGUGAACUUGAUAUCAUCUUUAAUUUUGAGAAGGCUUAUUUUAUUUUAGAUGAGUUUCUUUUGGGAGGGGAAGUUCAGGAAACGUCCAAGAAAAAUGUCCUUAAAGCAAUUGAGCAGGCUGAUCUUCUGCAGGAGGAAGCUGAAACCCCACGUAGUGUUCUUGAAGAAAUUGGACUGACAUAACUCUCCUCCCUUGUUGAUGACUCCUUGUGGCAUUUCACAUACUGUAAAUGGUCACUGCCUUCAUGUCCAUGUUAGCUAAUGUGUAAGAUGAUGUCUUGUCAGUAUUACUGGUUUGCUAAGCUGCUUCAUUUAGGCCUACACAAUUUUUUUUAAAGGGAACUUUGGUUAAUCAAAUGAUAAAUUAAGGGACUUAAAUAUGAAUUAGAAAGAUGCAGAAAAAGAUAGCUUUUCUGGAUAUUUUAAGGUUCACAAGUCAGUUUCUCAUAAUGUACAUGUAUGAAAAUGACAUGUAUACAUGUAUAUCAAACAAUUUGGCAAAAUACAUUCAUUACUGUAUCUGAAAAAGGAAACUUAAAAUUACCCUGUGAAACCUGGUUUUGUGAAACCAAAGACUAGAGCAGCAAUUCAGUAUAUAUAAGAAUAAAGGGAAUUGAUAUGCCACAUCAAAUGAAUGAGAAUUUAACUAUUACAACGUUAAACAAAAAACCAAAUUUAUACCAUAGUCUCCUAUUGGACAGUAUGUACCUUAAAGGGAGUAAAGAUUACUCUAGAUGACUAGAUUGGAAUGAUGUUUUACACUAAAAAUAUUAAGUACUAUGAACUAAUAGGACAAGGAACAAAGACUAUCACAAUAAUGAGCACAUGAAUUGUUAAGGCCAAGGCAUGUUUGACUGCUGAGUUGAAUUUUUUGUGGUCGUAAUAAUUUACUUGCUUGGAUUAUUUUUGAUGCCCCCCAAAUGAAGUAAGAAUGUUAAUUUACCAGGAAUUCUUCGUAACAGUAUCUUACAGAAACGUGUUGGUCUCUUCACAGUGUUGCAUAGUCAUUGUUUAAAGUUCGAAUGUUCCUUCUGCGGUGCUUGUUAAAGCCAAAUUUAUUUUGCUUCCCUCCAGUUAGAAGUGCUGCAAACUUUACAACAGCUUCCUUUCCCUCCUUGGCACUGCCUAGUUAUCAGAAGUCUUAUUAAAAUUUAGAAGAUACCUUCAUAUAACAAAGUGAGAGUUAAAUGAAGUAAAAUGGCAUUAGUUGGCCCUAUAUUUUUUAAAGCUAUAUAAUUGUUCAGCAUCACUUUUAUACAUACUUACUUAGACAUAUCUAAACACGUCUUCAUGGUUUACACUUUCACUUGUAUACCCUGGGCUGGAUUAAGCUUUGUUGUGAUUGUAAACAACAUUUAAGUCACGUGACCACUGUCUCAUCACAUCGCCUAUUAGUUGUAAUAAAUGUUCAACAUAUAAACACUGUAGUGUGUUUUUAUCUCUUUCCAAAAGAGUUGUCAAACUUAGCUGCUGAAGAAUUUUUCCUUUUUUUUUGGCAAUAAAAUGUUGACAAUUCCCUUCCAUUUGCCCCCUCCUCCAUUUGAGUGUGGUGGUGGUUAUAAGCACACACAAGAAAAAUGGAAGAAGAUUUAAGGAAUUUUCAUGUACUUCAAGCUCAAAACAGAUUCCAUGCUACCAAGAGCAUAUCAACAUUUAUUUUCAAUUAAUAAAUGCCGCUUAUAAAACCUUGAAGCAGUUGACUUUUU